UUGUUUCAGUUGUAAAAUAACACCGACAAUAACGGAGCGGCGAAACAGUGCGUAAAAAUUAAAAGCGGCGGUGAAAUAAUAAAUAUCAUCACAUAACAAAAAACAAAAAAAUUUAAAUAAAAGGAUAACGUAAAUAAAUCAUACAAAUACAACAUACAAAGAGCACAAAAAAGAGCUCAAUUGAACAAUUGGAAAAGUAAAAAAUCCAUAAGAAGAGAAGAGAUUUGUAUAAGCUAUCGAAAUGAUGACUGGUAGCCAAAGGUUACUUGUAUUCCUAGUGAUUGCACUGUAUCACACCGCAAUAUGUCAGGUGCCUUUUCCCAAUUCUUGCCCAGAAGUCAAAGUUGUUGAUACAUUUGAUUUGGAUAGGUAUAUGGGCAUCUGGUACGAAUAUUCAAAGUAUCCUUUCAUUUGGGAAGCCGGACAAAAAUGUCAAUAUGCGAUAUACAAAAACAAUGGAAAUGGCACAGUGGCUGUUAAAAAUGUUGGCACAUAUGUCGUUAUCAACAAAUCGCAUAGCGUUCAAGGAACUGCCAAAGUGAUCGCUCCAGGACAACUAGCUGUAGCCUUCAGAAAUCAAACUGCAGAUGAACCCAAUUAUCUGGUAUUGGGAACCGAUUACGACAACUGGGUUGUGGUUUACAGCUGCAAAAAUGUCAGCUCAUUCGCUCAUACCAAAAUUAUUUGGAUUUUAACUCGUCAACGUCAACCUACAGAUGAGGCCAUACAACAAGCUAAACAAAUUCUGAAGGAUAAUCUUUUGUCAGAGGAUUUCAUGAUGACAUCCACACAAACUGAUUGCCCCGAUGUCAAUGCUCAUGAUAAUGCAGGCAGUGACACUGCUGACCAAGAUGCUGCCGCAUCCACUGUAUCGCAUCAAUCGAACUUUGAUUUGAGCUCGACAACAACACCCAGUGUAUAUGAGAUUGCCUGAGAAUUAAUUGGUCGCCUCAUCAGGCGCAUAUUGGAAUUAUUUAUAUCAUUUGUGUCCUUUGUUCGUACUAAUAUAUUCUAGAGUGAGUUACAUUGAUUAAUUAAAAUGUUCAAUUGUAAGGCUCUGAACAAAAUAAAUAUCACAAUGUAUUUUUCAAUUAUUGUAUUACGAUAAAAUAUAAUUACAAAUUUACAGUA